GAUGGCUGUCGACGAUGAGGAUAGCGACGACGAUCCUGCUGGGCUGGCUACUGUGGAGGUCUCGAGCAACGAGCAGAACAUCCUGAAGGCCAAAGUUCCUGCACUUGCUGUUGAUGACGUGUCUCAUCCGCCCCCCCACUCCCCCCCUGCACGCUUGUACGCGUCCAAAUGGCUCGCAGAGUUCCUUUGCGCAGUGCGACUUCCGUCGUCUUUGUCCCCGGACCAAUCUUCCAGUUCUGACGGUGAUUCUUUUAGGUUCAAGCAGAUACAACUCGAGUGGGAACGACAACCAGGAGCAAACUCUCUCGGCUCUUGGAAGAGCUUGCAGUCGCAGAAGGAGAAGCCACGCAACGGAAACGCUGGAAUCACGACGGACCACGAGACCUUAUUCAUCCUUUGUCGGAUGGUUUUCUCUGGGUCGCGAAAGCUUCUUACUGCUUA